AUGGGUGAUGAUUUAUGGAAAAUACCGGAAGUGAUCAAGACCUUGGACAUUCCAGUUGAUUCUGCAGUUAGAUUAAAAGUGAAAAUUCCAAUCGGCGAUGUUCUUGGACUGGUGUGGACUGGAUACUGGACUGUUUUGAAUACAGCUCAAGGGCAAUUUGAGUUAAAAUGUGAGGAAACCAGUUUGUGUCCGUGGAAGUUGCUGGCUCAAGUAGACACUAAAUUCAUUGGAGAGGGACAGACUCCAGAGUUGAACUUCAGAAAUGAAAUUCAGUUUUCACAAAGAAUGAAAUCUUGGAAAUUGAGUCCAAUUGAUCAGGGUAGAAAGUAUAACAAGAUUGAGCUGAAAUUGAUUCGGAAGUCGGCAUGUGGAAUUCGUCAAGAGAAUUAUAUCAAUUUUGAUGUCCAUAAUAAAUGGCUCGAUGCGAGGAUUUGUUCGAACGAUGGUAGUAUGAAGGUUUACGCUAAUUCUGGGGUGCUUGCCCUGAAUUCGUCAGUUUUGAGAAAACACUUUGAAGAGAAGGGGAUUCUGAAUGACAUCAUAGUUCCAUCGAGUUUGUUUCCGGCAUUAAGAAAACUUUUGAACUUUCUUCAUCCUCCAUUCUCAAUUGAAAAGGAAACUGUUGGAAAAGUUCUUGAGUUGGCACAGCAUUGGGAAAUGCAUCAAGUUCUCUCGAAAUACGAAAGUUUUCUUAUCAAACAUCGUUCGUAUGGUCAGGAAGCAACGGUUAAAAAUAUCAAGUUAGAAGAAGUUCUAUGGAAUGACGCUCGUUGUGUGUAUACACUCCUUCAAGAAAACUGCUUCAGCACAUGGACUCGUGCAGCAAUAUUCGAGUUCAUUCUGGAGAUCGAAGACGAAGAUUUUGAAGAAAACGAAGAAAAUGAUGAGGAAGAAAGUGAGAAUGAAGAUGAUGGUUACAGCAUUGACAGUGACGAUGGAGUUGGUGAUCUGUUGAAUAUUUAA